AGCAGCAAGAACACGCGCACCAUUGUUGAUAUUGUCUGGGAUGGCGGUAUGAGCUCUACGGUCCGGUUUCUUCCAAAGAAUCUCAAAUUCUUCAAUUUCAAUUAUAGUCCCGGACAUACGACGUUUAUUAUUCACCAUGUCGUGCAGGACUUCUACCACCCUCUGUACACAGUACGGCAGCGCGCGAUGAAAGAGCGAGAGAAAAAGGGCCUUUGGUGGCAUGUAACGGUCGGACCCAACACGUCAAGAGCUCGCGUUGUACGUUCAUGGGCCAGGAGACGGCUGCGGAAUGCCUUUCUGGACACGCUGAAAGAGAAGGGUGUUGAUGAGGAUGGCAUCAUACUCAAAGCGGCGGAGGGAGUGGGGCCUCACACAACGAUCAAGGCGAUGUUGGAAAAGGGGGAACGUGUGGGCAUAACCGGAUCGGUCAAAAUGCAUGCGUUAUCUGGGAUUGUGCCAGCGAAAUAUGUGGACGUAAAGCGGGAGACUGAUAUGGUUGUCGAUGCGCUCUUGAAAGGCUUAGAGGCGGAGCUUCAGAAGAAGAACCCUCCGUCUCUACCAAAUAAGAAGAACCAGAAUUCUGUGCAGCAGCAACGGACUCCAAAGCGGCCCGCACCACCAAAUCGGCCGAAAUCGACCGUGAAAUGAGACUGGCAUAGAAUCCACCGCCAGACUAAAGAGGCGAUACAAUCCUCAUCAGUGAGGUUUUAGAUUGCGUCGAGGGCGUGAGCAAUCUUUGUCACAGGCCUGGUACAGGCGAUGCUCACCCUGAGACGAAAAGGCGGUCACCGAUAUCGUACUCCACCCAGGAGGUACAGAUCGACGUGUCGAAAGUCUAGCAGAUGUGUAGCCACCGGAGCGGUCACAAGCUGCUGUGAC